CAUGUACAACUUUGAAAACGUUUGUUGUCUUCAAUUAGUUUCUAUAUCCAGAGAAGCAAGAAUUUAGUCAAAGCUUUUGUUCUUUCAUGGUUAAGGAGCUUUGUUUCUGGUACUGUCGGAACAAUUAAGAUUCAAAGAAGACAGAGAGCUUCUUCUUGUUUUGGCUUUGAAGAUUCAAGAAGUUACUUUUUUACUUGUUGCUCUACUUCAGCUCUGCAAAUCUUUGUGGUUUUGAGCUAAAAAAUGGAGAGGGAUUUCUUGGGUUUGAGUUCAAAGAAGACCUGUGUGACUGUGAAAGAUGAAGCCAAUGAUGAACCCAAGAAUUCAGUAGUAACAAGAAGCUCAAAUUCAGGGAUGCAGUGGUCGUUUUCAAACAAGGUUUCUGCACUUCCUCAGUUCCUAUCUUUCACGGCUCCUCAAGAAGAGAUGUCGAGAAAAGGUGUCCAUGACACAUCUUCAUUCAUGACUAUAUCAACUGCUGAUGCUUUUGAAUCUAGCCGGAAGUCGUCCUCCGGUGUAAUCCAGAAAAGUUUCAUUCAUGAUAAGCAAGCUGGAAACCACUAUGCAAUGACAGUCUAUCCUAUGCAGCACCCAGGAGCCAAUCAAAUAAUCCCUAUUUCUUUGAGUACUCAUGUUCUCCAAAACAAUCUUUUUGGGCAGAAAAACAUGGUUGGUUCAACAAUAAAACCACAGCCGCUUGCAGGAGUUCCAAUUCUAACCCCUGUAUCUGCUCUUCCGUCUAAAAGUUCGGUAGUUGGUACCACUGAUCUCAGGAAUGCAUCCAAUUCUUCAGGCGUGCCUGCUCAGUUAACAAUUUUCUAUGCUGGUACUGUGAAUGUUUACCAUGAUAUAUCUCCUGAGAAGGCCCAGGCUAUUAUGUUGCUGGCUGGAAAUGGAUCUUCUCCAGCUCAUAGUAAGCUGCCUUCCACAGCUCAAGUGCAAACACCAUUCCCUAGUCCUUCCACAGGUGAUGGUUUCUUUAGGAACCAGUCUCAUAUUGCAUCAUCAAUCUCUGGCCUUGCAAGCCCCCUUUCUGUGACGUCACAUGCUAGUUCUCGCCCCAGAGGAGCAUUUAGUAGCAGCAACGCUUUAACUGUAUCAAAACCAGUAGCAACUUCAGUAUCUUCAAUCAAUCACUCAGAGCCUUCAAAAGUGGCAGCACAAUCUGUUAUGACAAACCUCAUUCCAGCAGUACCUGUGCCUCAAGCUCGUAAAGCAUCCUUGGCUCGGUUUUUUGAGAAGCGCAAGGAGAGGAUGACAAGCACAUUGCCAUACAAUCUCAGCAAAAAAUCUCCAGAUCGCAGCACACCAGGUUCCGAGGGCGUGACCUUCUCUUUCAACUCUUCUGGUUCCUGUCCUCCCCAAGCCAUAAAUUAGGCCAAAGAGAAGAAAAAUCCUAGUCUCCUCAAUUCUUCAACAUUUCAACUACUUAACAGAUGUUGGAUAAUUCAUUUCUUCCCAAUCACUUUUCCUUUCUUAGUUUGUAAGAUCAAUUUUUUGACCUGAAGGUUUAGGUAAAUAUAAUAGAUAGAUAUAUAUGGUCAAGUCUUUCUCUUUUUUUACCUCUCAUCUUGUUGUAAAAAAGUAUUAUUUACUUUGCAUUGAAGGUCAAUUUACUGGUCAUGUUUGUAUUGAUAUUGUUGUAAGACUUCUAGCAAUCUAGCCAUUCACAUUAAUGGAAAAACAAUAUUUUGCUAAA